GACCUUCAGCCAUCUAGGUCAAUCGGAUGAUACAUAGAACGAUUGGUUGCAUUUAUAAUGACUUUGUGUAGAACGUAGUCCAACAUCGAACGACUGCUUCUGCAUAUCGUUUCUUCUCAUAUUAAAGUUGUACUUCACUGCAGUUGGUGUUCAGGCAGCUAUGAUACAGGACUCUGAACCUCCUAGCUUGCUUUCCAGCACAGCUGAUUCAGUAAAAUCCAGUGCAAUGCAAAAGAAAAUACGCCGAAAACAUUUUAAAAACGAUUCUGCUGUCAAAGCUUACAAAUGUGAUUUAACCAGUCAAAAUAUCAAUACUCCUGUGAAGUUAUAUGUUUGUCACUCUGCUCUAAAUUUGGUUCAUCGUCCGAAGCGAAAGAUUAUGACUACUCUCCCUUUCAGUCAAAUUGUCGAGCUUAAAAUACAUGAUGAAAAGACUGUGAAAAUUUAUACAGUCAGCAAUGAAAUGUACACUCUUACCAACUUUGACCGACCGGAUUCUGCGAUUGCUUUUCUCCGAAAUUAUUGGGAAGUUAUUUUGAAAGAAAAAAGUUUUUCCGCAUCUACAUAUGGAAAUUCAAUACACAAUGGAUUGCCCAGUAGUAAUAAUAAUAACCCUCUUUCUGCACAUCGGAAUGCAGUCAUCGCUGAUUUGUAUAAUCGUCUGCUAAUUUCAAAAGGUUCAACUACUGUCAGUUUAACAAGUACUAGUGGAGGGGCUACAGGCAGUAUAAGUAACAGUGAGACAGACAGUGUCACUGGUUCACAAAGACAAGAAAUUGAUAUCCCUAAAUGUACUUUGGUACUGCGUAAACCUGCAUCUGAAUCAAGUAAUUUAAGUAAAUUCGACAACAACAGUGUUGAAAUGGAUCCAACAGUUGAAUCGACUAAUUUUGUCGAGUUGACGAAUACCGCCGCCAUCACCACCACCAUGACAACAACAACAGCAACGACACCAACGGGAACAAGUACACCUAUCACAGCGAUGGCGAUAGCAAGUCCAACAUCGCCACCAACAACAACAACCACAACAACGACAGAAAUGUCUUCAUCAUCAUCGUCAUUCAUUGGUAGUAUGACUAAUUCAUUCUCCUUUCCAACUGUCUCCUCCUCCUCCUCAUUUAACAUGGGAAAAGAUUCAAUUUAUCAUCGACAGAAAAUGUUUAACAACUCGGAAGGAAUUAACAAUAAUACGAAUAAUAAUGUUAAUAUUAAUAAUAAUAAAUCACAUCAUAGUGUUUCAACUGAUUGGAAUUGGUGGCCAUUGAAUUUACUGACGUGUAUGUUCAGUUCAACUCCUCCACAAAGAUUUACAAUGUUAAUUGCAUAUGCAAUAUUGGGAUUCUUAUUCCUAUCGACUGUGCACCUGUAUCACCGAUUAGCCUUGAUCGAUUUACAGACAGGUCCAGCUGUACGUCGUUCUGGAAUUAUUCCAUCCUCCUCCUCUUCCUCUUCGUAUUCUCCAUCUAUGGCUUCUUCUUCGUCUUCUUCAGAAUUGCAUAAUUUAGAAUUACAACUAACUCAUUUAACACAACUUGCAUCAAAAAUGGUCGAUGGUCUUAGUCAUUUAACCUCGGAACUGAAUAGUCUAAUGACGAUGUCUUCUAAUCCAGAGAAAUUUUCACCUGAUCAGUCAUCGUUAAACACUUAAGUCAUAGUGUUUGUGUGGAUGUGUGUGUGUGUGUGUGCUGAAAUUAGUUCUCUGUACACCAACUGACUGACUGACUUACUCACCCACCCACACAGAUAUACACACAUCACACUGAAUACAUAAUAAUAUAAUGUUGCAUUUUAUUCUUGCAUUCUUGUUCUUGUUGUUCUAUCUUUGUAAGAUAGUAAGACACUACAACAGGCAUGCAUAAUAUGCCUCGAAUAUAAUAUGAGAGGCAGGCACACACACGAACAGUCGUCAAAUUCUGCAUAUUGUUGUACAUAUCCUUGUUAAACUGUUUUGUCUCUCUUCGAAUUAUCUUUGCACCGACCGUUGCCUGGCCAUUUAUCUAUCUCUCUCUCUCCACAAAUUCUGUGAAGUUAAUCUCAUUUUGCUUAUUUACACGUCUGUUUUGAUCAAAUUCAACUCCAUGUAUGUAUACACACACACACACAAAUACACACAUACACAUAAACAAACACAGUUACCCAUUGGCAAAUAAAAUACGCGCACACUACUCUACCUCCCUCCUCUUUACUUCGUUGAUUUUUUUCAAGAAACUAUGAGAUGAACACUUCUUUCCCCCCUUUAUUUAAAAAAUUUUUCUCGGUUAUUUUCUCUCUCUCUCUCUUUUCAUUGAUUUACAGUUAUCAUUUUUACUUUCUCAUAAUGUUAUUUUCGUUGUUCUCAUUAUAUUAAUACAUAGAAGUCCUUGUGUGUGAUCGAUGAUGUUGAUUUCAAGCAAGAGAGAACAGAUUUCUUAUGCUAUACACACACACACACACUUCCCUACACACCAUUUUUUUUGUUUAUUUCUCUUCUCAGGGUAUGAUGCAUGAUCCCUGCUUGCAUCUAUCUACGCUUCUUUUCCUUCUUCAUCUUCGCCUUCUUGAAGCGUUUCGUCUGUUCUAUCGUCCGUUUCUAAUAUCUUUUAUUUUUUUGUUUUGCUUUGUUGUUGAUAUUUUUAAAUUGUACGCGCCCGUAUAAUGUUGUUUUCCCUCCACUCCAUCUUUUUCAAUGUUCAAUAUGGAAAUCUCAUUAUUUUAAUUAUUAUUAUUAUUAUUAUCAUUACUUCUUUUUGGUGGUACUAAUAUGAAUUUAAAAAAGAAGAACUGGUAAUUUCAUAUUUCUUCUGUAUAUGCAAUAUUUUUUAUUUAUUAAUAAUAAUAUUAUUAUUAUUACUAUAUACUCAUAGAACUACUAGUGUUAUUGUGUUCAUCAUCAUUAUAAGUAGUAUGUGUUGUUGUCUGUCUGUUGUACAUUUCGUUCGUUAUAUAUGUGGUAGUUGUAAUCAUUUGAAAGCAACACUGUUCACUUGCCAAAUUUUGUCUUUCAUAGUACGGUAUAUUAUUACUAUCAUAUUACUGCUAGUAAUGUUCUUUGUUGUCUCUGUGUGUGUGUGUGUGUGUAUGUGUUGCUUUUAUUUUAUAUUUUCUCUACUUUUUGAUUUAUUUCCUUGGUUAAAUUUGUUAUAUUUAUCCUCCUCCUCCUCCUCCGCAUUGAUCUUGGCUAAUUUUGUUUUGUUUUGUUUUCUUUAUUUUUCAUUUGAGAUCCGAUCUGUGUACCUGCAUUGGUCUAAAUUGUACUUCGUCUUCAUAGCACCUAUUACUAUUACAACUAUUCCUAUUGCUACGAUGUAUAUUUAUGGUUUUCUUUAAAGAUGACCAUCAGUGUAUUCAUGCUGUUGAUACUAUCGAUAGUUACUGUUCUCAUUAUUGUUAUAAUUAUUACUCGCCUACUAUUAUUGUCAGUAAUAGUAGUAGUAGCAGCAGCAGCAGCGGUAUUGUAUAUUUGUGUGAUAAGAUUAAAGAACAGAUUAUAGAAAAAGCCUUCAAAUAUAAGUAUAAGUCAAUAAUUCAGAGUUAUGAUAUAUUGAAUUGUAUCUUAUAAUUUUAUAAAAAUGCCCCUCUCUGUAUGUGUGCGUGUGUGUGUGCGU